GUUUGGGUUUCAACCAUUUUGAUUUUCUUAUUUUCAUACAUUUGAAAAUGAGUUCACCGUGUAUUACAAUCCGAAUAUAUUCAAUCACCAAUUCUCAAUGAUUUGUCUUCCUUCUCACCCGUUGACUCCGUCGUCUUUCCUCUCUUCCCGUUAAUGGCGGCUCACUUUCUGUUCCUCCAUCUUCCCACUGAAACCCCUUUCUCUCUCACGAAAAUCCCCCAAUUUUCUCUCUCUAAACUAUCAUGGAUCCGACCCUCCAAGCCGUGCUCGCCGCCAUGGCCAGCUUCACUAUCAUCUCCCUCCUCAUCUGCUUCUUCUACUUCAUCUGCCGGACAACCAGAAAUCGCCGCCGUGACCCUGAAUCCCGACCCCGAACCAGAGCGACCCGAACCGUACCCAAUCUCGGUACAUCAACCUCCUUCAUUAGCGUCGCCGAGAGCCAGCUGUUUGACCAGUCGUUAAAUCAGAUCGAGAUGUCCGACCUGGUCAAGGCGACUCGAAAUUUCUCUCCGGAUCUCAUCGUCGGCGACGGAAGCUUUGGGUUAGUUUACAAAGCCAACCUCCCUUCCGGUGUCACCGUCGCCGUGAAGAAGCUCGGCGCCGACGCCUUCCAAGGGUACCGAGAGUUUCGGGCUGAGAUGGAGACACUCGGAAAAAUCCGACACGAAAACAUCGUUAAGUUUUUCGGGUACUGCGCAACGGGUACGGAUCGGAUCCUGAUUUAUGAGUUUAUCGAAAAGGGUAGCCUCGACCAAUGGCUCUACGACACGUCAUCAGCCCAGAAUGACACGUCAACAGUAAGGUUACCGUUAUCUUGGAGUACAAGAAUCAAUAUCAUCAAAGGAGUAGCAAAAGGACUAGCAUUUAUGCAUAAUUUGGAUACACCCAUAAUUCAUAGAGACAUUAAAGCUAGUAAUGUUUUGUUAGAUGUGGAAUUCGAAGCUCAUAUUGCGGAUUUUGGGCUAGCUCGAAGAAUUGAGGGCUCGCAUUCCCAUGUCUCGACUCAGGUAGCCGGGACAAUGGGAUACAUGCCACCAGAGUAUUUUUAUGGGGCUGCUUUGGCAACUGUCACCGGAGACGUAUACAGUUUUGGGAUACUCAUGUUCGAGAUUGCCACUUCUAGGCGUCCGAAUUGGCCAAUGAAGGGUGAAAAUGGAAAAGAGAUUCGAUUGGUUGAAUGGGCUACAAAAAUGGUGUCGCAAAAUCGGGAAAUGGAAAUGGUGGAUGUUAGUAUAUCGAAACAAGAUUUAAAAGAGAGCCAGGUUUUAGAGUUUUUCAAGAUUGCUACAUUUUGUACUACUGAAGCGCCCAAAUUACGACCUACUAUGAAUGAAGUUGUUGAUUUGUUGAGCCGAAUUCAAGAUGAAGCUACAAGUUAAUGGAUUUUAGUUCACCAUCAGAAGAUGUAUUGUAAAGAAUAAAUUUACAAGAAAAAUACCCUUACUCAAAUUAUAUAAUAAUACUAAUAGUAAUAUAUUCCAAGUAUUAUCUUGGAAAUUCAUAUUUAA